UUUCCUUCCGAUUAUGCCCUUCUCCAUUUUCUCUCUCAGAUUCCCCUAAUUUCCCAAGAAAUUCUUUUCUCCCCUCUGCCAUUUCGACCGUGUUUUCUGAAUCAUUUCUUCCUCUGGAGCCAUGGGAGUCGCCGUUGUUCAUCCUCAUGACGUGCUGAAAGGCCCUUUCUCCACAAAUACCUUUGGCCCUCACGUGAAAUAUGCCCGUAACCCCAGCGCUUGCCCCAACAAGCCGAAGAAGCCGCAGCCAAACAACCGCCGCCGCCGGAGUCCGCCGCGUCCUCAGGCUGGGAUUCCGGCUGCGGCUCCACCGCCUCCUGGGACAUCCGCCGUCGUUCCGAAGGGCUUGAAGAAGAAGACCCAUCACAACAACAAUCACCAUCUAGCUGCCGGACAGGUGAGAAUCCUCAAGCGUGGUGAGGAAAUCGCCAAGACAGUCAUGGAUCUUGUGGUUGAUGACCCAGAUCUGGGAUCUACUCGCUGGAUCGGUCCAGAUCCGGAGAUGACGUCGACCCAGAUCCUUCUUUCUGGCUCGAAAUCAACUCCGGCAUCGUUCUACGCCGGUCCCGUCACGCUGACAUCUCCGCCACCGACCGAUGUCCCGCUUCCGGCGUUCUGCUCAAAGAAAAGCGUCUCGAUGUUCAAAGCCAAGGAUGCGACCAACGAUCUGAUCAGGAUCCUCCGUCUUGAGAUCUGACAAGAUUCGACGAACAGCCGUGUUAUCUUAUUUCACCUUAUCCCUCCUUAACCCAUACCCUAUCGUCUGAUCCACAAAACCUCCGGUGACGAAACUAGAAGAUGCAGAGGCAUCUUCGUUACAGAUAUAUUUCGAAUCCUCCCUUAUUUUUUCAAGGGGAAGAUCGAAAUUUCUACUAACAGUUUUAGUUUCUCUUGUAGGCGUUAGAGCUUUGCUUAGAUAUGUAUUGUCCAUAGGCUCUGGCUUUUCAUUUUUCUUGUUUUCUUUUCUUCCAAUGGGUUUUCUUAGAAUCUGGGUAAAUCAUGGGUUGUGUAAUUUUCUGGGUUUCUGUCUUUUGUGUUUUCUUUUUAGGGUUCAUAAUCAGGUGAAGCAGUAGAGAUGCGUGUGCUUGCAGAAGAACUAAGUGUCUUAGGUUUCUGUAUCCCCCUCAUGUCUUGUCCUCUUCAUCUUCAAUCUAUGGAAAUUAACUUUCUGUUAACCUGAAAGUGUGAAUCUCUUGUUUCAA